UUAUUAUACUAUUUUGUCAAAAAAUCUUGUUAAAAAUAUAUAUGUGCUGAAUAGUUAAUUAUUUAAUUAUUAUAAAUAUAAAUCAAGUAAUAUUUAUUCAAUAAUAAACUCUAUCAACAAUGGCAGAAAUCGAAUGGCCAUGGCAAUAUACUUUUCCACCAUUUUUCACACUUCAGCCACAUGCAGAAACUAAAGAAAAACAAUUAGCAGCUUGGAAAAAUCUUGUUUUAGAUUAUUAUCGUGCAACAAAACAAUCAAUAUUGGAUUUACGAGAAAUUCACUCAAGUCCACUAUUCAACAAUACUGCAAUUCAAAGAAAAUUGUCAGUUGAUGUUGUCCAAUUAAUUUUAGAUAAUUUAUUCAAAUCAAAUAAUGCAAUGCCCUUGGAUAAAUCUAAACAACGAUGGCUUAUUUAUUGGCAUACAUUUGAAGAAUGGGGUGAUAUUAUCUAUAGCUGGGUACAAGAUAAAGGACUUGUUAAUUCAGUUUGUACAUUAUUUGAGCUGGCACAGGGUAACGACACAGUUGAUCAAGAAUUUCAUGGUCUUGAUAUUGAAGUUUUAACAAGAUCAUUAAAAACACUUGAAGCACAAGAAAAAGCUGAAUUAAUGACAUUUGAUGAUAGCCAGGGAGUAAAAUUUUAUUAAAAUAAACCAAAUUUUGUGAUUUAUAAAAUACAGAUUAACAUAUUUUUUAAAUUAAUAAAUAUACUAUAAUUA